CUCUGUCACGCUCUAAGUUAAUGGCAGGAUCCCGUCCCCUCCCUCGCCCCCUAAGAAUAAGGAAAUUUAUAAUUUAACAGACUCAACAACUUAGAGAUUAAACAGCAAUAAUUACUAAAAAAUAGCUCACGUUGACCACUCUCUAGCCCACUACUGCUGCACAUGACAGACGACUAGUGCCGACCCUUCUACCGCAGCUCCUCCUCCUCCUGCGCUCCUUAAUCCUCAAGCUUCAGCUUCUGUGACGCCACAUGCCAGUACUGCAUCACCGGCAAUCAUCAUGGACGUUGAUGAUCCCGAUGGCUCCGUAAAUGAGAAAGCCUGGUACACUACCAUGAUUUUUGAAGCUCUAUCGACCAUGAACAAUUCGGCGGGAUGUAGUAUCAGUGAAAUCGCGAAUUCUAUCGAGAAAAGGCAUAUGGUGCCUGAGAAUUUCAGGGAGUCGUUGAACUCAAAAUUGACAGACCUUGUUUCGAUGGAGAAGCUUGACAUGGACCAAAACUGCUUCAAGAUAAAGAAGGUUUCGGGUCCAAGUCAGUCAGAGUCGCAUAAUCAGACAUUGGAAGAAGCUGCAGCGGAAGCGGCCAGGUUAAUUGCUGAAGCAGAACACAAGGAAAUUCUGGCAGCUGAGGCGGUUGAGGAGUUAGAGAGAGUCGAAAGGAUGGUAGAAGAAAGUGAGGCGAUUCUGAAGAUGACAGAGGACCUAAUGCGCAUUGCUGGAGCUGGCGAAGGAAAUCCAUAAACAAAGUAAGAUCCAAAGAAAAAAAAUUCUUAACUACUUGUUUUUUUUCUGGAAUAAUGACAUAUCUUAAAGCAUCCCUUCUCCUCCCUCUUGGUUUACUCCACUACAGGCUCUUCUUUAACUCUUAAGACCAAAUAAGAAUGUUGAUUGCUCUGAGAAUGGAUGAGUGGGUGUUUAGAGACGAGCAGUUCUGGCUACCAUGACAUGAACUAAGGGCCUUUUUGGUACAGAGAAGUAGAAGUAAUUGCUAUUACUGUUCAAUUGGGCCUUUUAGAUAUUUCGAAAGUAAGACACCCAUGUUUCAAAGUUCUAUACAAACACACACAU